CUGUGCUCAGUUGGUUUUGGCAGCCGGGCCUGUCAGUCUGUGGUAACGAGUAGUGGAGUGGUAAAUUAUACAACGAAAGCAAACGCGCAAACAUUAAAACUCCGAGUUUGAAGCGGUUUCAACCAGUUCUACAAUAACUGUGUUUUUGUUUAAUAUUUCCUUUGGCUUUGCGUAUGGUUUACCUAAGCCAACACCAAUAAUACCACCGGCAGAAAAAGAAUAAAAAGUCAGUUGUGAGUUGAGGUGCUGAGGUUAACCGUGAAGCAACAAAACAUAUUCACAACAACACAGCGAUAGAAGAAUAUUUUGUUGACAUACACGAUGGAUAUGCCUCAUGAAAAUCCAGCCUUUAUUGGAGAUGACGGAAAAUCUGUAAACGGACGAUCGAGAGCCUUGCGAAAUUCGGACGAAGAGGCGAAGCUGUCUGAAAAAGAUUCUAAGGAGAAUGAACGCGCCACGUGGGGCAAAGGUGUAGAGUUUCUUUUCUCGUGUAUUGCCAUGUCUGUGGGCCUGGGCAAUGUAUGGCGCUUUCCUUUUACGGCGCUGGAUAACGGCGGUGGAGCUUUCUUGAUACCUUAUCUUAUAGUAUUAUUUUUAAUCGGUAAGCCGAUUUAUUAUUUAGAAAUGGCGAUAGGACAGUUCUCGAGUAGUGGAUCAGUAAAAGUAUUCAACUUGUGUCCAGCCAUGAAGGGUAUUGGUAUUGGUCAAGUAUUGUCCAUUUCGUUUGUGACCACCUACUACGUGGCGAUUAUGGGCAUGAUUGUGCGCUAUUUGUUUGAUUCAUUCAAAUCCCCGUUACCGUGGACAGUAUGCGACGAUGCAUGGAAUGAAACCUGCGUCGCAUCUGGCACAAUACCUGCAUCAGAACCCAUAAUCGAAAUUUCAACAGGAGUGCCAUCUGUAGUAAACAACAACGCAUUACAUAAUGUCAGUACGAUCGCAAACGCGAGUGUUAUGCAUCAUCAUAACAAAACCAUUUCAUCUGCAGAGUUGUAUUUUAUGUAUUGGCUUAGGGCAGGCUUUCAUGGUAUACCUAUUGGCUACAUAUUACGAGUCCAUAUGUGCACUAAUCGCAUACUAUCUGGUGCAAUCAUUCCGUGACCCGCUGCCCUGGUCCUACUGUCGACCGGAGUGGGGAUCGAAUUGUAUUGAUUCUGCGCCACGUAGUUGGCUCGAUGGAGCCAAAUUCAUAGACACAGUUCGAACUGCCAAUUGGAGUUUGGUUUACAUUAAUCUAACAAGGGACAAUAAUAAGCGCAUAAUCUCGAGUUCGGAAUUAUACUUUGUCAAGGAUGUACUGCGCGAGAAGGAUAACAUUGACGAUGGCAUUGGUUUGCCGAACUGGGAACUGGUGUUAGGACUUCUUGUAUCGUGGACAACAAUAUUUUUAGUUAUACGCAGAGGUGUGAAAAGUUCAGGCAAAGCUUCUUAUUUUCUGGCUUUAUUUCCCUAUGUAAUUAUGGCUGUGUUAUUGGUGCGCGCAGUUACUUUACCAGGUUCCGCGGACGGCAUAAUCUACUUUAUAAAGCCCGAUUGGAGCAAAAUUCUGGAUCCUAAGGUUUGGUAUGCCGCGGUCACUCAGUGCUUUUACUCACUAUCCGUCUGCUUUGGUAACAUAAUCAUGUACGCUUCGUACAACAAGUUUGAUCAUAACAUCCACCGCGACGCAAUGAUUGUCACUACGUUGGAUACGUUCACAUCGCUCAUUUCAGGUUUUACCAUAUUUGGCAUUUUGGGAAAUUUGGCCUAUGAAAUUGGUACGGAUGACAUCGGUACAGUGGUCAAAGGUGGCACCGGACUUGCCUUUAUUUCGUACCCGGAUGCGAUUGCCAAGUUCAAAACUUUGCCGCAAAUAUUCUCAGUACUGUUUUUCCUGAUGCUCUUCAUUCUGGGCAUCGGUUCAAACAUAGCAAUGACAUCGUGUACCGUCACGGCAAUACGCGACAGCUUUCCCCACGUUAAGCAAUGGCACUGUGCAUUAGCUAUAUCCGUAAUUAGUUUCUUUAUUGGGUUAGCCUACGUGACACCGGGCGGCCAAUUUAUUUUGACUUUGGUGGACUUCUAUGGCGCUUCUAUGAUCGCACUGAUUUUGGGCAUAUUGGAGUUGUAUGUUUUGGGUUGGGUUUAUGGCGUGGAUCGGCUAUGCAAGGACAUCGAGUUCAUGAUUGGCCAUAGAGUAGGCAACUAUUGGCGUUGGUGUUGGGCUUUCAUCACACCCAGCAUAAUGACACUGAUUCUGAUUUACUUUUAUGCGACAUAUGAAUCGUUAACCUACAACAAUGUUCAGUAUCCUAACUGGGCGUAUGCGUUGGGUUGGACAAUUACUGCUUUGGGAGUUCUUCAAGUUCCAAUAUGGGCUAUAGUGGCUAUUAUACGCCAACCAGGUGAAAGUUUAACUGAAAAAGUUUAUGGUGCCUUCAGACCCGUUGGUAACUGGGGACCAUCAGAUCCAUUACUUCGCGAACAAUACAACAAAGAUCGGGCGCACGAUUCGAGCAACACAAGUUGCUGGAGUAAAAUCAAGAAGAAUUUAACCGGUUAACCAUUUUAUUCAUGUGAUUUUUAAAACAGCGGGUGCUGUUACAGCUUGCCAAAUUUUUGUAUUAUAGAUUUUAAAAUAUACUACCUAUUGUUUAUUAAAUUUAUUAAUAUUA